AUGGAACACGAAAUCGAUGGCUGGAUCGAACAACUCAGCCAGUGUAAGCAACUCUCAGAAGCUGAUGUUAAAAAACUAUGCGACAAGACUCGCGAGAUUCUCAUGGAGGAGUCGAAUGUACAGCCUGUAAGGUGCCCAGUCACUGUCUGCGGUGAUAUUCAUGGCCAAUUCCACGAUCUAUCAGAACUCUUCCGGAUCGGAGGCAAUUCUCCGGACACCAACUACUUAUUCAUGGGCGACUAUGUUGACCGAGGAUACUAUUCUGUCGAGACAGUUACACUACUUGUCGCCAUGAAGCUUCGCUAUCGAGAUCGGGUCACCAUACUUCGCGGGAAUCACGAGUCGAGACAAAUCACGCAAGUUUAUGGCUUUUAUGAUGAAUGUCUCCGAAAAUACGGCAACGCCAGUGUAUGGCGCUACUUUACCGACCUUUUUGAUUUCCUACCUCUUACUGCUCUCAUUGACAACCAAAUAUUCUGUCUACACGGUGGUCUCUCACCAUCCAUCGAUACUCUUGACCAUGUUCGCUCCAUCGAUCGGGUGCAGGAGGUUCCACAUGAAGGGCCUAUGUGUGAUCUUCUAUGGUCCGACCCCGACGAUCGCUGUGGAUGGGGUAUAUCCCCUCGCGGCGCUGGUUACACGUUUGGGCAGGAUAUUUCAGAAGCCUUCAACCACAAUAACGGGCUGACGCUCGUCGCCCGAGCGCAUCAGCUAGUCAUGGAGGGUUACAGCUGGGGACAGGAUAGAAAUGUUGUGACAAUCUUCAGUGCUCCGAACUACUGUUAUCGUUGCGGUAACCAGGCCGCUAUCAUGGAAAUAGAUGAAAAAUUAUCAUAUAGCUUCCUACAAUUUGAUCCUGCCCCGCGGGCCGGUGAACCUCUUGUGUCGCGGCGUGUACCUGAUUACUUUUUGUGA